UUGGUCAUCAUAAGUUUGUUGACAACUACAAAUGUAGUGUUGGCUCAAUCAAAUUCAGUGUGUAGAGCAAUCACUUUCAGUGGCGCUGGUGAUAGAGGUGCAUAUGAAGUGGGUGUGGCUGCUGGUUUGGUAACAAUCCGUGAACCACAAGACUUUAGAUGGCAGAUUGCCACUGGUAUCAGUGCUGGUGCAAUCAACACUGCUGGAAUGGCCAUGUUCGCAAUUGGCAAAGAAGAGGAUGCUGUCCAAUUCCUAGUCAACCAAUGGGAGGAUGUCUCCAGGAAGCGUAUAUAUGUCUUGGAGAACUUGUAUAAUGCCUCGAUGGUCGCUCAAUCAAACAGGACAGUGUUGAUUGGCGCUACGAGUUAUGAUACAGGAUUGUUCACAAAGUUCACAAACACAGCUGAUCCUGAUAUUGUGUUGAUGGUCAAGGCUUCAGCAUCAAUUCCAGCACUGUUUGAACCAACAAACAUUCGUGGUACACUAUACAUGGAUGGCGGUGCAACUUACUUGACACCAGUAACAGACACUGCUGAACUCUGUGCUCAGACUGGUGCCGAGAAGACCAUCAUCGAUGCCGUUAUCAUUGGAAAACCCGACAGCACUGUCAAUGUCACCACCUGGAAGACACCCGCACUAUUGAUGCGCUCAGCAGACAUUGUCAUGACCAACAUCUUCAUGAAGGACAUCGAGACUGCAUUCCAAGCCUAUCCAAACAUUAUCAUCAAUUUGUACUAUCCAAGCCAGCCACUACCAGGCGACUUCCUUGGCUUCCAAUACUCCAAGGAGAUGAUAUCCAUUGGUAUCAAGGAUGCCACGUCUGAGAGUCCAUCCUUGGUUACCUUAGACAUUGGCAACUAUAAGGAGGCCUUGGCCACACUAAGG